AGGUGGAGCAGGACAAUAGCAGCAUGUUUUGCACCAACUGCAGUGCCUUCUGCAGGUCCUGCAUCCCCCUUACUGCAGCCCCAUCAGAGGCUCCCCCAUCCAAUGCUCCCGCAUCUGAAGCUCUUCCGUCCGAUGCUCUCCCAUCCGCUGGUCUUCCAUCCGAAGCAGCACCAUCUGAAGCUCCACCAUCCGAAGCUGCACCAUCCAAAGCAGCACCAUCCGAAGCAGCACCAUCCAAAGCAGCACCAUCCGAAGCAGCACCAUCCAAAGCAGCACCAUCCGAAGCAGCACCAUCCAAAGCAGCACCAUCCGAAGCAGCACCAUCUGAAGCUCCACCAUCUGAAGCUCCACCAUCCAAAGCGACACCAUCCAAAGCGACACCAUCCAAAGCAGCACCAUCCAAAGCAGCACCAUCCAACGCAGCACCAUCCAACGCAGCACCAUCCAAAGCAGCACCAUCCGAAGCAGCACCAUCCAAAGCAGCACCAUCCAACGCAGCACCAUCCAAAGCAGCACCAUCCGAAGCAGCACCAUCCAAAGCAGCACCAUCCAACGCAGCACCAUCCAAAGCAGCACCAUCCGAAACAGCGCCAUCCGAAGCAACACCAACCAAAGCAGCACCAUCCCAAGCUACACCAUUUAAAGCUGCACCAUCCAAGCCUUCACUGAUUGCACCUUCUUCCCGAUCCUCUCCCUCCAUUUCUCUCCCCGCUUCUUCAACUCCUCCUCCUAACAACAACAGCUCUACCCUCACACCGGCAGGCUCUGGCCUCUCCACAGGAGCCAUUGUCAGCAUUGUGCUGGGGGUAGUUCUGGUGGUUAUUGGCGCCAUUGCUAUUGCGUUCAUGGUUAUUCGGUGUCGCAAAAGGAUCAAAGCCAUUGAGGUGGAGAAUCCCCUCCUGCAGCAGCACCAGGAGAUCCAGCCAGGUGGUAACCAGAGCCAGCCCCCUCAAGGCGACUAUGGUGGUUACAAGCCAGGUGCUGCUGCUCGGGUGUAGUCCAAGCUCCAACACCAGCUAUGCCUACACAUCCAUUUCACUUCCUGCCACCGUUGGAAACUUCGGCCCUGCAGUCUGGCCGUGUGGCGAUUUUGGCGAAACACAGCUGCUGAUUGGUCGUGUGAUGGGUGGUAAGGGAAGCUGCGGUGGUGAUUGAAACUGCAUUAGA